AUGAUUAUAAGAAAUACUAACCUACUUGUAGAAAAUUUAUAUUAUUUGCUUUGGCUUAAAGACUCUGGAUUGAAGGAUGCUAGUUUUAAUGUUAAAAUUCCAGAUACAAUUAUACUUUAAUCUGGAAAAAUUAUGAAUUGGUUUUUCACUUCUAAAAAUGGUGAAGGUAUUCUUAUGAAGAAGGAUUUCAACCUAAAAAACACUAAAAUAUUUGAAUCAUUUACAAGGAAUGAGUCUAAAAGCGGGAUAGUUGCUAUGUUUAUUGAAAAUGUAAGAAAUAGCGAUGAGUAAUCAGAAGAAAAUCUUAAAAAAGCUCACAGUUCAAAAUAAAAUAAUCAUAAUGAAGAACAUAUUAAAUUUGAUAUUCCAAAAAAUGAAGGAUAAAUUGUUAUUAGAUAUUUGACCAAAGAAAAGUUAAAAGAAUUUUUAUUUACUGAUUUUACUGAAAAAAAAUCAGGCAUUUUACAAAAAUUUAUUGAUCCUUAUGGAGAUAGUUAAGCAGUUAUUUAAGCAAUAUGGUCACCUUAACUUUGCGUUUUUUCUAAAAGAGUAAAUUAUCGUCAUUUAUAUGACAAAAGAUAUGAUCCUUAUGAAAGGUUACCCACUUUUGAUGGAGCUGAAAUGUAUUCGCGUACAGUUCCCUUAAGAGGUAAAAUAAUUUCUUAAGAAAUGAGAAAAUUUUGUGAAAAUAUUGUGCAAAGAAUUGCUCAUGUAUCAUUUUAAAAGAUUAUGAUUCAAAGAAUGGUUGUCUACUUCAAGCCUGACAAAAAUAAUAAUCUGUAUUUUCUUUACUGCAGCAGUAUGAGAUUAUAUGGAGAAAAGAUUGAUCCAGAUAUAUUAGAGGAGAAUCAAUACAAAAUAAAAAACACUCCCUUAAUAUUAGACACUAAUUAUUAAAGACCUGAAGAGAUAAAGCUCAUUUAAACUACGAAUACAAUGAGACCAAUUUCUCUUGAAAAUAACAUAAAAUGUUUCUAUUGCUAAUAGAAGAUUUAGAAAAAAGAUUUAGUCGCUGUUACUUACGAAUUCAUUAUCAAUAAUUUUGAGGAAAAUCCAAAUGCUAAAUAUUCAAAAGUGAGUUCAACAGCUGUUUUAGAAGUUCCAAAAGAACAAAACUUUAUCCUAAACACAGAAGAGUCUCACUAUGUAAAAGAUAAAACAAGUGAAAUUCCUGAGCUGUUGACUAAAUUAUAUCCUAAAUUAACUGUAGAGAAUUAUCGCAAAUUAAGACAAAACAAAAAAUUUUUGAGCUAAAAAAUAAGAUUGUGCUAAUAUUGUUAUUUAGAUUUCUCGCGUUACAUAAAAAUGAGUGGUGCUCCUUUAAAGGGUGUCGAAGAUUUCAAAUUUAUGAAAAAAGGUUUGGCUAAAAAAGGCUCUUUGUUUACCAGAGAAAUGAAAGCUAUUGUUGCUGCAAAAAAUGUGGAAAUGGCUGAAUAAAAAGGAGCUGAAUUCGUAAAAUACUAGAAUAGAGAAGUUUAUUAAAGAAUGUUGGAUUAUUUAGUGGAAGAAAUGGAAAUAAUAUCAAGAGAAAGAAAGAAAAAAGGAGAACCUAAUAUAUAAACGUUGUAUGGAGAUGGUGAAGCAGAAGAGGACUUAGAAGAAGAUAAAAAGCCAUAAUAAAAGUAGGGAUAAUUUAAAAUAUCAAAAAGCUAAGCUCUGUUAAAGCCUAGUCUUCUAAGACCUCAAAGUUGCACAAAUUUUAACCAAGAACUCAAAUUAAAAGAAAUCCAAAAGCAAAUAUAGUUAUUUGAUGAUAAAAUAUGCAAUUAAUAAAGAUUUAAUAACUUAUAGCGAAUUCCUUAAAAUUUUGAUCAGAAAAACCAUAGUCCUCCAAGAUAGAAAAGCAAAGACUAUAUAGACAGAGAUUAUCUCGAAAAGAAUUAGUUUGAUGAAGACCUAUAGAAUCAAAUUAUAGAAACUAAUAACUAAAAUUUGAACUCAAAUAAGUAUAUUAUUCCUGAAAAAAUAAAGCAAUAAACUUAAAUAGAGAGCUAAUAUAAGCUAAAUGCUCAGUUUAUAAAAACUAAAAAAUCUUAACUCAGCAUAAAUUCAUAGAUAAGUCUUUCUAAAAAUGGCCCUCGAUAAAUAUCCUAAAGACCUUAAUCAACAACAUUUAACUCUUCACAUCAGAGAAUAAAUUUAAACAGCACCAAAGACACUCAUCCACAAAGUGGCAAUUUAUAUUAGAAAUAAGUUGUUGAAAAUGAUUAAUAAAUUUUAAGUUAGAACACAAAUAUGAAAAACCAAGGCUUUUUCCAUUUAAAUAAACCUUAUAGGAUACAGACAGCAACAAUAAGAUAAAGCUAGUAGUAAAACGCAAACAUAGGAAUACAUGGUUCUUUAUCAUCAAUUAAAUCUCCAUAGAGUACAAAGUAUACAUCUUAAUCUGCACUACAAAGUAGCAAAUAAUCAUAGCCUUUUAUAAAUGCUUAUCCUCAAUAAAUAUAAUUUUCCAACUUAAAAAGACCUCAAAGCCAUUAAGUGUCCUCUAAUCCCUCUAAACCUUUGUCUCCAUUAAAUGAGUAACUAAGGAUUAAGACAGAUAACUCUUAGAAAAAUUAAAAUUUAGAAAAAAUACCAUAAAAUCAUCAAAGAGGUUUUCAAGAUUAACAAGAAAACGAAAUCAUUGUUGAAUAAAAUUAUGAUGAGAACGAAAACUAAUAAUUAUAAGAACAAGAUGAAGAAGAUUAUUUUAACUAUGAAAAUCUUGAUUUUGACUUUGAGGAAGUAAAUGAAGAUUAUGUUAACCAGAGAGAUUGA